AUAUUUUCUCCUCUUGAAAAAUAUGUUGUUAUAGGGAUGUGCUUCUGCGAUUGCUACCCUCAAAGACAUGUUUACUAGCUGCGCUGCUCGUCUCUCUGUGAGCUUCAGCUCUGGGUUAUACGAAACAGCAUGUGGUCUAAAAAUAGUGGAGGAUGUCAUAGUUGAAGUACUGGCAGAUGCUGCUAACUUGCAGCAGAAACUUUUCCACGAGUUUCUCUUUCUUUUGGUUCAACAUGACACUAAAAAGGCUACUCUAACCCAGCGAUUGCAAGUGGGUACAGCAGCACUAAAACGCUGGCAGCAGCACCUCAGCUCAUCGGACAGUAUUCUAGAGCUCAGCAACGUGUAUCGGGGCUUACCAAUCUCAGACCGUGAUAACACGGUAAUAUUAGGAUGCUUGCGUCUCGCGGCGCUGGCAGUUCGCGUUGACAAAGAAGCGUUACUUCCACAUGACAAACAUUUACGGGCAACGGAGUGCAAUAUAAUGGAAGCAGUUACUCAUCUUCUUUCUAUACUAUCGCAAGAUUGGAUUGACCCAGUUAUUGCAAGUAUUGUCCUUGUUGAGGUGUGUCGCACACUGCAAUAUCUUAGUGGAAAAAAAGUGCAAGGAUUCUCUUCCUACAUUCUGAAAUUUUCCAUUUCAACUAAAUUGAGGCAGGUUUACACUGCUCACCAAAUAUUCAUCAACAGUUCCAAUGCUGAAAAAAUGUUUUCCAAGCUCUCCACGGCAAGUCAUGUAGCCAAAGAACUUGCUCAAAAAUCAAAGACUUCAAUUGCUGAAUUUUUAGUUUAUUGCAAACGAGUUGGUACUAAAUCUGCAAAUUCCAGGAAGAAAGCCAAAUCCAAUAGGAAACUUGUUCGACCACCUUACGUUUGUGAUUUCAUUUGUCUUCAGUUUCUCUGCCAAGUUUGUCCAGACGACGGAUUUGACUUUGAGGCUCUAAUAGAUCUUGAAAAUGAAAGUAAAUCUCAGAGGUGCUAUAGCCAUCACGGCCAAAGAUACCAAGAAGUUGUGAAGGAAUUCAAAAGGCUGGAGAAACCUAAAACUGAUAAUAGCACCACACCAUAUGAUGUGGAUUUCUAUAGCUUGAAUUGAUGGAUUAGGUGUUUGUUUACAGUUUGUUAGUUAGAUGGUUAUUUAAGGUACUGUGUGUUAAUCGUUUCUGCUAUCUCAUAUGGUUUAGACUAAAUGUUGAU